AUGAGUGGAAAGGCCAAGCAAGAUGACGAAGUAGCACUUCAAGUGAACCAGCUGACCGAGUCUCUUCCCCCGUCUCCGCCCGAUUCUCAAUCCUCGGAGGAGGAUGCCAGUGAGCAAAGCAGUGGGGGGUGGGGUGAAGACAAAACCAAGAAGAAGAAGAAGACCGCCCAGGAAUCUGGACUUUCUCAAAGACGAGCCAGUGUCUCUCUCCAGCUUCAAGAGACCGAUCAUGGGAGUCAAUUCAUUCUCACCGCUGCAGACGCCAAGCUCCUCCAGGAAAUCCUCAAGGAGACUGCGUUCAUCGAGACUGCUUCCUCGUCUCCUGCUUCCCCCGCCUCUUCCUCUUCCAGCACCAGUGGAAAGGAUGACCACAAACCUACGCGGAAGCAUCGCUUCCCCUUCCGGGAUUAUCAGUUCAUCGAGCAGCGAAGUACAUUCGAUCGACAGAAUGUCUCGUCAGCCUCGUCACCCUUUCAUGGCUUUUUCACCCUCUUCUGGCUCGGAGUGGCCAUGAUGGUGGUGAAAGUGGCGGCGAACAAUUAUCGCACAUUCGGAACGCCGUUUGGUCGAACCGAGAUCCUGGAAAUGAUGCUGAGUCGAGAUCUGCUGGUGCUCGGGAUUACGGACUUUGUGAUGUGCUGGUCGACGAUCUUCUGUUGGGCGCUACAGCGGAUGAUUCUGCCGGGUUGGGUGCAGUGGAGUCGAGGGGGCUGGAUUGUGCAACAUAUCUGGCAAACGUCCUACCUUGCUGGCUUCAUUUGGUGGACGUAUCAUCGAGAUUGGCCGUGGACACAUACGGUCUUUAUGGUUCUGCACUGCCUGACCAUGUUGAUGAAGCAGCAUAGUUAUGCUUCUUUUAAUGGGUAUUUGUCGGAACUCUACAAGAAGCGACAUCUUCUUCAAGGCCGUCUGAAACGCCUGGAAGAUAUUGUUCAGGGCGAGCACUCUCCAUCUCUCCCGGGAGAAAGUACUACUCCAUCGUCCAAAGAACUCGUUUCCCGAUUUACCUCGAUGAAACCCCAAGAUCGACCACGCAAGUCUGCAGAUCGCAAGGGAAUUUAUGCCACCCGCGCCGCAGACCACUUGUUGUCCCUGUCCGCCACACUCGAACAUCAAACGACUCUGAGUCCUGAGCAGUUGGACACCCUGCAGGGUCUAUUGACUCGUGAGAUUGACAUUCUCACCGAAGGUCUGCAGGGACAGUACUCUCCCACGAGUCAGUAUCCGCAGAACUUGACUGCCGGCAAUUUCUGCGAGUUUGUCGUGCUCCCCACCCUCGUGUACGAAUUGGAGUACCCGCGGACCAAGUCCAUUGAUUGGGGAUACCUGGCUGAGAAGGUGGUCGCCACGUUUGCCACGAUCAUGGUGAUGAUUGUGGUGUCGCAAUACUGGAUCUACCCGGUUGUGAUGCGUACGGUGGAGAUGAAGGAGCAAGGGUGGACGGUGCAACAACGACUACAUGAAUUUCCCUGGGUCUUGAGUGAUUUGAUGUUUCCGUUUUUGAUGGAGUAUCUUUUGGCCUUUUUUGUGAUUUGGGAGUGUGUGCUCAACACUCUGGCCGAAAUCACCUGCUUCGCCGAUCGAGGCUUCUACGCCGACUGGUGGAACUCGGUCUCCUGGGAUCAAUUCGCUCGCGACUGGAACCGUCCUGUGCACAACUUCCUUCUGCGCCAUGUCUACCACAGCUCGAUCAGUUCCUUUCAUCUGUCGCGGGUCUCGGCCAGUCUGGUGACGUUCUUCCUGUCGGCCUAUGAUGCAGUUGCCGUUGGUGUGGUUGAGUCGAACGAGGUUGUUGCGGGGGAGACCUUUGGUGGGCAAUGUGUUUUUCUGGUUGGGGAUCUUUACGGGGCCAAGUUUGUUGUGUAG